GUAAUAUUAAAAUCAAUGAUGUGAAAGAUCUCUCAAUAACUUUUAAGCUUUCUCCCAAUAACUUUUAAGGUUACCAUGAGUAGAGUAUCAGCCAUUCUUGAAUCCUUCUUCCUUUGAAUCCUUUCUUCUUCUGAAAAAAAACAUUUUUUUUCAAAAAAAUAUUAUAAUAAAAGUGAAUUGAACUAGUCAGCCUAAAGCUGAAACACUACCAACUCCAUCAACAUAUUUCUUGCCCUGUAUGGAGACUUUCCAAAGUCUCUCCUAUAAAUUACUCAGUACACAAUCCCAUUUUCAUCAUCAUUAACAUUAAGCCUUGAGACUUAGCUUUCUCAUCUUCAUAGAAAAAAAUGGCUCAUCAUCAUCAGUCCAUGAGCUCUCCUAUGGUACUAGUCUUUAUGACUAUCCUUGCCUUGUUUGCUCCCAUUUGCUUCUCACAUGAUCUAAAGAGUAGCAGACUAUACCCGCAGUUCUACCACCGCAGUUGCCCCAAAGUUCAUGAAAUUGUCUACUCCGUCGUUGCGCGGGCCGUCGCCAAAGAAGCCCGAAUGGCUGCUUCUUUGCUCAGGCUUCAUUUCCAUGAUUGUUUUGUCCAGGGCUGUGAUGGAUCCCUGCUGUUGGACAGCAUCGGGAGCAUAGUGAGCGAAAAGGGAUCAAACCCGAACCGAAAUUCAGCUCGAGGCUUCGAAGUCAUUGACCAGAUCAAAGCAGCGGUGGAGAAGGCAUGCCCCCAGACUGUGUCUUGUGCUGAUAUUGUGGCUCUGGCUGCGAGAGACUCCACUGUUCUGGCUGGUGGACCUAGCUGGGAGGUUCCAUUAGGAAGAAGGGACUCUAAAACUGCAAGCUUGAGUGGCUCUAACAACAAUAUUCCGGCUCCAAACAACACUUUCCCAACUAUCCUCACUAAAUUCAAGCGACAAGGGCUCAACGUUAUCGAUCUUGUCGCACUAUCUGGAAGCCACACAAUUGGGAAUGCUCGAUGCACCAGCUUCAGGCAAAGGCUUUACAACCAGUCAGGCAAUGGGCAGCCUGAUUACUCACUAGACCAAUCAUAUGCUGCCCAAUUGCGUGCUCGCUGCCCGAGAUCCGGCGGUGAUCAGAACUUAUUUUUCCUGGAUUACGUCUCCCCUACCAAGUUUGAUAACAACUACUACAAGAACAUAGAGGUCUCGAAGGGCCUUUUAAAUUCUGAUCAAGUUCUCUUCACAAAAAGUGAGUCAUCAAUGGAGCUGGUGAAGAAGUAUGCUAGAGACAGUGGGCUCUUCUUCAAGCAAUUCCCUGUGUCUAUGGUUAAGAUGGGAAACAUCUCCCCAUUGACAGGAUCUAGGGGAGAGAUCAGGAAGAACUGCAGGAGAGUAAAUUGAGAGCCCCACAGCGGCAGUCUGCGGCAAACAUGAAUAAAGAUUGUUAUGCUAGUUAUGCUUGUUUUUUUCAUCUCUGUUUUAUAUUAGUUCCUUCUUUCUAUUUCUUCUGUGGUGGUCCUUAUCUGGGGACUUUUGGGAUUGGAAAUUCAAAGGCUUUCAUGGUAGUUUAUGAACAUUUGAGUAUUUGUCUCUUGUAAUAAUUGAAAGAAGUGUGUUUAUUUCACUUGGCAGUCAAGUCAUGAUUUUAUAACAUUUCUUAUUUCUUA